AAUUUCCAAAAGUAAGUCAUAAAAAAACCAAAAUCCUCCCAGAAUUAUUCUUUCAUCUUCGUCACCUCACUCUUCUCUGCACACAGCCAAAAGAACACCGAAAUGGAAAAAACAGAAAUGAAAUUAACCGCUGCUAAAUCAAAUAGAAUCCCAAAAUAUUAGCGCCUCCUACAAAAAAUCCAAAAUCCUCUAUAGAUUUCACAUGAAAAGCUGAAGCGAAAUCAAAGUUUUCUGACCAAUUAACCGGUGGAAAUCUCUUGGUGGGUAGCUCAAUUUUGUGCUUAAUCAGAACUCAGAAGAGUGUUUCUUUUUUCUAGUGAUUGAGAUGGUGUGCUUGUUGAAUGGUGGAUUGUCUGACGGGAACCCAAACAAGCGGUCAUUGGAGAGUGGGUAUCACCCUUCGAACUCUGGAAAUGCAUCUAACUACAAGUCCAGGAAGGUUUCAGCUGUUCGGGAUUUUCCUCCUAUGUGUGGUCCAAAUACUCAGCCUCAUUUAGAAGCCAAAGACAAUAGUGCGUUGCAAGUUAGUGAUAUUGCUGUUGGAGAGCCUAAUGGUGUUAAAAUUGAAACUGAGGUCCAGAAUCAACCUCAUGAAAGGAUGAAAAGUCCAGCUAGGGUGGAUGCGAAUGGAAUUGGGACAUCAACUAAUGGCGUUCAUAGUGAAACUAAGGUUGAGACUCAGGCUCAUGAAUUAAUCAAGACUAAAAAUGAGAUGGAAACUGAUCAAUCUGGAAAGCUGUCCAAUUUGGAAGAUCUAGAAAAUGGGGUUUUGGUGAGCAGUGAUAAUGCUCCUGCAGCUUUAGAGGCCAAUUGUGUUAAAGAUGAAAGUCAGGUGGAGACUCAGUCUCAUGAACUGGGAGGGGGUUUAUAUGGGGUGGAAGGGAAUGGAUCUCUGGAUAAGUUGGUGGAAAAAGUGGUGGCUGGCUUUACUGAUAGUUUGGAUGAUGGGGUCAAGAAAAUGGCGUUGGAUGUAAAGCCUGCAGGAAUGGAGUUGAUGAAGGAGGUUGAAAGGAAAACCAUUUUGGUGGGACCCUCAAAGGGAGAGGUAAAUGGAAGGGAGGCUGAGGCAGCAGUGAUGGAAUUGGACAAGAAAGAAAUUACGACUUUGGUGAGGUGCAUAGGUGAAGAUGUAGUAAAACCUACUGUUGAAAUUGAUCACAUGGUUCACAGGGAGGUUUCUAUUAAAGAUGGCUCUGUCCCGAGUCCAAAGAACAAAUUCCGCACAAGAAGAGUUUCAGCUAUUCGUGACUUUCCUCCAUUCUGUGGAAGAAAUGCUCCUGUACCGUCUAUGCAGGAGAGCCUAAAAAUUACUUCUGGGGAGAGUUCGCUGGGGAUGGACAAGGUUAAUAUGGAAAAGAGGAUGAUGGAAGUGUCGAAGGAUGGUGCGGAUAGCAAGGCAUUGAAGGAUGGUGCAGAUAGCAGGACAUCUGUGGAGAUAUUGCCUGCUAAGGUACAAAAGGACACAUUGGAAAAAGUGGAGACUGGUGUUGAAGUCGCUGCUCUAGAAGAACCAAUCACUUUUGGUUGCAAACCAGCAAAAGGAAAUGUUCAGGUUGAUGAUAUCCGGGGAAGUCAAGCAAGAGGAGUGGUGUCUCUGCCCAAGGAUGUUUCUGAUGCUACAAUCCUUAAGGAAGCCGUGGAAGGUCAAGGCUCUAUAAGUAAGGCGCCUGAUCUGUUUGAAGGUGAGAACACCCUUGAUAGAAUGGCUCUGGAUGAUAGCACUGGUUCAGGACAUGAAGAUGAACCUGCAACAGUGACUGGUCUGCAUGCUGCACCAAAUUGUCCUUUGAGGCUGGGUAAAGUGCCCCUAAGUUCUAGUGUUGAAAAAACCCGAGGCAAGGUUAAUGAAGGCAAUUUAACAUGGCGAAGCAAGGCCAAAGCUUUUGCUAAGAAAACCAUUGUCAAUACUGAGUCUUCAGAAAGAUCAUCUCUGAAGAAGGUUGCUGUUUCUGUUCGCAAGGGUGCAGAUGGUAAUUUUGGUGCAAUUGUUAGGGAUGAGGGAAUUUAUAGAUCAGAAGAUGAUAAGUCACCUAAAGGUUCUACUACUGGUUCCAGGGUUGAUGUGAAUUUGCCUCCUUUUGGUCCAAGUUCAAGCAAUGGUGAUGCUCGUAAUAGAGUUAGAGAGACCCUGCGCCUGUUUCAAGCAUUGUGUAGAAAAAUCUUGCAGGGAGAAGAGUCGAGGCCGGAAGAAGAUACAACAUUGAAGCGGCCAGAGAAAACCAGGAGGAUUGAUCUUCUAGCAGCAAAGAUUAUAAAAGAGAAAGGAAAAGAAGUUAAUACUGGCAAACAAUAUUUGGGGGCAGUUCCAGGAGUUGAAGUGGGUGACGAGUUCCAGUACAGAGUGGAGCUUGCCAUUGUUGGGAUUCAUCGUUUAUACCAGGCUGGCAUAGAUUCCAUGAAGCACAAUGGAGUGCUUGUUGCAACUAGUAUUGUUGCAUCAGGGGCAUAUGAUGAUGAUAUGGAGAAUGCUGAUGUCCUAAUAUAUUCUGGGCAAGGAGGAAAUAUAGUUGGCAAAGAUAAGCAACCGGAGGACCAGAAGCUUGAAAAAGGUAACUUGGGAUUGUGGAAUUGUAUCUCCACUAAAAAUCCUGUGCGUGUAAUUCGUGGAUCCAAAGAGACUAAGGCUUCUGAUUCGCUGGACUCAAGGGCUAAGGUAGUCACGUCAUACAUUUAUGAUGGCUUGUAUACUGUGGAGAAGUGUAGGGAAGAAACUGGGACAUAUGGUAAACUAGUGUUUAUGUUUGAAUUGAAGAGAAUCCCAGGCCAGCCGGAGCUUGCAUGGAAAGAGGUAAAGAAGUCCAAAAAAUCUAGAGUGCGGCAGGGGGUUUGCAUUGAUGACAUUGCAGGGGGACAAGAGACAUUUCCCGUAUGUGCUGUGAACACAAUUGACAGUGAGAAACCCCAACAGUUUAAUUACAUUAGAAAGAUGAAAUAUCCUGAUUGGUUCCGCCUAGUUUCUCCUAAAGGCUGUGAUUGUACUGGUAAAUGCUCUGAUUCUCGAAAAUGCUAUUGUGCACAAAGAAAUGGAGGAGGGAUCCCAUAUAAUCGUAAUGGGGCUAUAGUGGAAGCAAAACCUCUUGUCUUUGAAUGUGGACCUCAUUGCAAAUGCCCUCCUACAUGCUAUAACAGAGUCAGCCAGCAUGGUAUCAAAAUUCAGCUUGAGAUCUUCAAGACUAAGUCAAGGGGCUGGGGAGUAAGGUCCUUGUAUUCUAUUCCUUCAGGAAGUUUUAUUUGUGAAUAUGCUGGGGAGCUUCUUGAGGACAAGGAAGCUGAACUAAGAGCAGGAAGUGACGAAUAUUUGUUUGACAUUGGAAAGAAUUACAGCGAGGGUUCAAUCAAUUCCGAUGGAUUAGGAAAUUCAAGCGAAGCUGUAGAAGAAGGUGGCUAUACCAUUGAUGCAGCAAAGUAUGGCAAUAUCGGGAGGUUCAUAAAUCAUAGUUGUUCACCCAACCUUUAUGCUCAGGAUGUGCUCUAUGAUCAUGCUGACAAAAGAGUGCCCCACGUAAUGCUUUUUGCGGCGGACAACAUUCCUCCAUUGCAGGAGCUAACUUACCAUUACAAUUAUGGUGUGGGUCAGGUUCAUGAUUCCAAAGGAAAUAUCAAGGAAAAGAGUUGCUAUUGUGGUUCUACAGAAUGUAUUGGUAGGAUGUAUUAGAAAGCUUCUAGUCGCAGAGAGUUGGGACUACAAAAACUGAAUGACAUUUUGCAUGUAUGAGCUCUCCUUAUAAAUUGUCGUUCUUCUGCCUUCAAAUUUUGGAAACCUGAGUGCUGACCAUCUUGAUGACAAAUUCAGCUUGAUGUAAUGUGCUUCUUUCACGCUCAUAUGGCGGUAAUGAUUGAGUAAGAAACUUAAAUAUUCCUAUAAAAUGAUCAAUUCUAAUGUUGGUGCUUGUAUACAUUCUUCUAAAAAA